GAGCGAAGGGCCGGGCCUCCAUGAGCUCCGCCCAAAGGGGCGCUACCACCCGGAGGAGGCCGGCGCACGGCCGCUGCUCAUUCAUUGUCUUGACAGAGCAUCCUCGGUGGCCAGCCUGCGGCUCCUCCAUCCUUCUCUCCUUCCUCCUCCACUUGGGAGGGGUCACGCUCAGCUCUCCGCAGCAGGAUGAGCCGGCAGGUGGUUCGCUCCAGCAAAUUCCGCCACGUGUUUGGACAGCCAGCCAAGGCUGACCAGUGCUAUGAGGAUGUGCGCGUCUCACAAACCACUUGGGACAGUGGCUUCUGCGCUGUCAACCCCAAGUUCAUGGCUCUGAUCUGUGAGGCCAGUGGGGGAGGGGCCUUCCUGGUGCUACCCCUAGGCAAGACUGGACGAGUAGACAAGAAUGUGCCCCUGGUCUGCGGCCACACUGCCCCUGUGCUAGACAUCGCCUGGUGUCCACACAAUGACAAUGUCAUUGCCAGUGGCUCUGAGGACUGCACUGUUAUGGUGUGGGAGAUCCCGGAUGGGGGCCUGGUGCUGCCCUUGCGGGAGCCUGUCGUCACCUUGGAGGGCCACACCAAGAGGGUUGGCAUCGUGGCCUGGCACCCCACAGCCCAGAAUGUGCUUCUCAGUGCAGGUUGUGACAAUGUGAUUCUGGUGUGGGACGUGGGCACUGGGGCAGCUGUGCUGACGCUGGGCCCGGAUGUGCACCCGGACACAAUCUACAGUGUGGACUGGAGCCGGGACGGUGGUCUCAUCUGUACCUCCUGCCGUGACAAGCGUGUCCGUGUCAUCGAGCCUCGCAAAGGCACUGUUGUGGCUGAAAAGGACCGUCCCCAUGAGGGGACUCGGCCGGUGCACGCUGUGUUUGUGUCAGAAGGGAAGAUUCUAACCACGGGUUUCAGUCGCAUGAGUGAGCGGCAGGUGGCGCUGUGGGACACAAAGCACCUGGAGGAGCCACUGUCCCUGCAGGAACUGGACACAAGCAGCGGAGUCCUGCUACCUUUUUUUGAUCCUGAUACCAACAUUGUCUACCUCUGUGGCAAGGGUGACAGCUCUAUCCGGUAUUUUGAGAUCACUUCUGAGGCUCCGUUCCUGCAUUAUCUUUCCAUGUUCAGUUCCAAGGAGUCUCAGCGUGGUAUGGGUUACAUGCCCAAACGUGGCCUGGAAGUGAAUAAGUGUGAGAUUGCCAGAUUCUAUAAGCUUCAUGAGCGGAAGUGUGAGCCCAUUGCCAUGACAGUGCCUAGAAAGUCGGACCUGUUCCAGGAGGACCUGUAUCCGCCCACUGCAGGACCCGACCCUGCCCUCACAGCUGAGGAAUGGCUGGGUGGUCGGGAUGCUGGCCCCCUCCUCAUUUCCCUCAAGGAUGGCUACGUGCCCCCAAAGAGCAGGGAGCUGAGGGUCAACAGGGGCCUGGACAGCGCUCGCAGAAGAGCUACACCAGAGCCCAGCGGCACGCCCAGCUCGGAUAUCGUGUCAAGGCUGGAGGAGGACGUGAGGAAUCUGAACGCCAUAGUGCAAAAGCUACAAGAGCGCCUGGACAGGCUGGAGGAGACUGUUCAGGCCAAGUAGAACCCCAGAGCCCUCAUCUGGGGCCAGCCAUCCCCUCUGCUCCCACCCCACCCUCAGGCCAUACGGUGAAUAAGACGAAAAUAAUAAAACGGCUUUAUUUUCUGGUA